CGAAAAGGCGUUACUUUUUUUGGGUGACUCAUGACAUUGUCUUGAUAACAUAGCAUUAUAUUUAGAGAUACAAGCGUUCAAUAUAGGACAACUCUUGCAAGGAUUUCAAAAUGCUAACAAAUACGUUUACCGUUAGUAAACGUUGUGUCGAUUCCAAAAUGGAGGAAGAAUCUGGUUGUCAACUCCGCAAGCGAAGGUUUGCCGGCAACCCCAAUUUAGCGCUAAACCUGGAAGUAGGGUAUCAAGUGAACGAAGGCUGCAGCAGUCGCGGUACGCCAUCUCCGUGCCACAGCAAAGUGGCCCCCACGCCAACAUCAGCUCAACUUCGACAAGAAUUCAGAAAUAAACAGCAGUCCCUUGAUUUGCCGGUUGAGGACUGCGAAGAAAUUGAAAUAAUAAUAGAAAGUGAUGAAGAAGGAGAAAAAGAAGAGAAUGCGACAGCUGUAAUUAAGGUAGACCGUCCAAUAACACCUACACCCGUGCAGGACUUUGGAGCAAGCGUCGUAUACACUGAAGGACCGCAAGCAAUGGAUUUCUUGAACGUUAACGCUAUCGAACACGAUUGCUAUACCGACGUCUCGGAUGCCGAUUCAGAUGAUGAAGAAGAAAACUAAAUUUGUUACUUUUAAUCGAUUUAUGAAAGUAUAUUAAUAGAGAAAAACAUAAAGAACUACAAAAGUUAUAUAAAUGGACAAAA